GUCAUCAGCAGGCGCGCGUGAACAGGAACACCCGGCUCAUGCCGCCAGUUCGUCAACGCUCAGGUUGAAACAUGGACUUCCAACCAUUGCCAUUGGGCCUGGGAAUUGUAGCAGGACUGGGCUGUGGGCUCCUCUUCGGUUGGCACCUUCGUGGACGCCUUGGCACUGCGUCCACUGCUGAGGAUGCAAGUGUGAUGGGAGAGGGGGGCGAAAUGAAGAUGGUUCUGGUCGUCCGUAAUGACCUGAAGAUGGGCAAAGGCAAGGUUGCUGCCCAGUGCUCCCAUGCUGCCGUGUCUGCAUACAAGCAGGUCCAGCGCAGGAAACCCGACCUGCUCAAACAGUGGGAGUACUGUGGCCAGCCCAAAGUGGUGCUGAAGGCCCCCGAUGAGGACACCUUGAUUGAUCUGCUGAGCCGUGCUAAAGAAAUCGGGCUUCCUGUGAGUCUGAUCCAGGAUGCAGGAAGGACACAGAUUGCACCUGGCUCACGCACGGUGCUGGGAAUCGGACCAGGUCCGGCUGAUCUGAUUGAUAGUGUCAGUGGAGACUUAAAGCUCUACUAGACCACCAGCCUGCACCUGUGGGACUUUCUUUGUUGACAAAACAUUUGCAAUGUACUAAGAUGAGUUACCAUGAAAUUAUACAUUUUGUACAUAAUAGACUCUGAUGUCAUCUGCUUGAA